AUACAGGAGAUUAUCACCCACAUCCCUCUUCAUUUUUGUCCUCCUCCUACUCCCUCUCUCUCUCUCAUCCACAAACCCUCCUCCCCUCUUUCCCCUAUAAGACCAGACCGUCUGCCACCCUCUCUGCUCCCAGAUGUAAAUUCACAAGAGGAGCGAGCAGCAGAGAGGAGGGACAGAGUCAGUACCGACAGAUGCGAAUAUCUCAGAGGCUGUCGCUGUAGCUGCUGCUGGCCUGCUACCACCAAUCAAAUAGGAAAAAGAAAGGGAGAGAGCGAGAUAGAGAGAGAGAGAAACGGAGGAGGGCGAUGCAAAGACGACUGUUCUCUGUUAGAUUUCUUAUUUCUAUGAUGUGGUUGUUAUUACUAUUGAUUACAUACCUACCUGGUUGCCUACCUACAGUAGCAAUCGGAUUCCUAGCUGCCUAAUGGAUGCUGAAAUCUCAGAAUGAAGCCAGGCUACUCUAAUUACAACUACGGCCGCUGGUUCUCUUAUUAUUUUUAAAAAUAUAUAUAUGUAUGUGUGUUUGUGAUAGGGACAGCUGGUCGAAAAAAUAUUUAUUGGGUUUGUUCUGAAAAGAAGAAAACGACAUGAGACAAAAUACACGUCUAGGUUCUUCCACAACAGACAGCCAGCGUUGCUGGGCUGCUUCCCAGCAACUUGUAGAUAGCAACUGAAGAUCCUGAAUCCACCACAACAGCAACCACAACAAAAACACUGGGAACUGCUGCUAGAUCACUGUCCGGAAUGUGGAGGCAGUGAGGUUGCAAAGGGACACGCAUCACAGACUUCUGCUGCAACAGGAGGGGAGCAGGAGCAGGAGGAAGCUGCAGAGAUGGAUGUACUGCUGUUGCAUCUCCUCCUGUCUGCUCACACAGUCGUUGCCUCUGGUCUGGGAACCUUUAUGUUCCAAAAGGGAUCUACCUCCGAACCCGGGACUCUGGUUCCUUCGGCUCCAGAGGAGAUCUGGACACGGCUGGAACCUCCUUCCCCAGCUGGCUCCACACCCCCCCCUGCUGUGACCCCGAGUUCCACACCUGGUUAUGGAACCACAGCGCAGGCAGACCCAGUGAGUCCGGAUGGGGGUCUGGAUGGCUUGGAGGCUGCCGAUGCUUUCUUAUACAGCGGGGACGUCUCCAGGCUGACCCGGGCUAACUGCUCACGGAGAUACCAGCUGAAAGGGCUUUCCGGGUCCCCCAGCGGUGCCCUCCGCCCCUACCUCCGCAGUGCCCUGGAUACCUUGACCCACGCCGCCAACUUCCUCAACAUGAUCUUCCAGACCAACGACAUCCGCGAGUCCAGCAUCAGGGAGGACGUGGAGUGGUACCACGCCCUGGUGCGGAGCAUCGUGGAAGGGGACCCCAAGAUCUACCGUGCCCUGCUCACUUUUGACACCCAGUCUGCUUCCGUCAGGCCCCAGCUGGUCCUGCAGGCGACCCGGGAGCAUGGCCUGGGCGAGAUCAUCCUGCAAGACUUGUCCUCGGCCUGGGAGGUCCUGCGCAUGGGCAGCGACGCCAGCGACUGGUUCGGGGGGCUCAAGUUUUGGGAGGGCCCCCCACCGGCUUCUUUCCUCCACAAGAGGGUGCUCAGCAACGACCUGCGCACCCUCGACACCCCCAAGUGGAGCCGGGGGGACAGCUACGUGAUGGACCGGAGCCACGUGCGCUGGUCUGGGGCCCCCUUCCUCGAGUGCCAAGCUGGGAGGUUUGUGCCCGGCUGGAUGGUCACUCUGUCCACCUCCUUCUACGGACUCAAGCCAGAUCUGAGCCCGGAGUUCAGGGGAGUGAUCCGAAUCGACGUGAACCUGCAGGGGUUUGACAUCGACCAGUGCAGCCCGGGAGAAGCCUGGUUCUCAGACACACACCAGUGCAACCGCACCAGCACCCAGUGCAUUCCUCUGAAAGGCCAGGGUUUCAGGCUGAAUCAGUACCACUGUGUGUGCCUGCCUGGGUUCUACAGUGCCACCACCAGCCCCACACAGAACUCACGCAGAGAGGAGGACGGCCCGCUGAACGGCAGGCGUCCCGAAGUGGAGGAUGCUGGGAUGGAGCUGGAGUGCUUGCCCUGCCCCCCAGGCUGCCCGCUGUGCCUCGACGGCGCCCCCUGCAGCGUGCAGGAGGACUUGUAUCUGCGGGCCGCAGUGCUGACAGUGCAAGCCUUCUGCAUGCUGCUCGUCUUUAUCAGCAUGCUGGUGGCUUACCAUUUCCGCCGGACCAAGAGAAUCCGGGCUUCAGGUUUGCUGUUAUUGGAAACAAUCCUGUUCGGAUCACUGCUCCUGUACUUUCCAGUCUUCAUCAUGUACUUCAAGCCCAGUGUAUUUCGCUGCAUUCUGCUGCGUUGGGUCAGGCUGCUGGGGUUCGCUAUCGUGUACGGGACGGUCAAUCUCAAAAUGUACAGGGUGCUGAAGGUGUUCCUGUCCCGCACGGCCCAGCGCGUUCCUUACAUGACCAGCUGGCGUGUGUUGAAGAUGCUGGCCGUGAUCGUGCUGAUGGUCAGCUGGUUCCUGUCUGCCUGGACUGCCGGAGUGCUGGAGAACAUGGACCGGGACGUGCCCCUGCUGGUCAUCUCCCAGACUCCCGAGGGGCUGGGCUUCAGUAUGUGUGACCUUGACCGCUGGGACUACAUGAUGGCUCUGGCGGAGUUGCUGUUCCUGUGCUGGGGCAGUUUCCUGUGCUACACAGUGCGGACAGUCCCCUCUGCCUUCCACGAGCCUCGCUACAUGGGCAUCGCGAUCCACAACGAGAUUCUCAUCUCCACAACCUUCCACCUCCUCCGGUUCCUCAUGCUGCCCUCGCUCCACCCUGACUGGAUGCUGCUGCUCUUCUUCGCUCACACCCACGUCACCAUCACCAUCACUCUCGCCCUGCUCUUCAUCCCCAAGUUCCUGCAUGCCAGUUCUCCCCUGCGGGAGGAGAUUGCAGCCGAGGUGUACGAAGACGAGCUGGACAUGCGACGCUCCGGCUCCUACCUGAACAGCAGCAUCACCUCCGAGCACAGCCUGGACCCUGACGACAUCCGGGACGAGCUGAAGAAGCUGUACGCCCAGCUGGAGGUCCACAAGACCAAGAAGAUGACGGCCAACAAUCCUCACCUGCAGAAGAAGCGCAGCUCCCGCCGCGGACUCGGCCGCUCUAUCAUGAAGAGGAUCACAGAGAUCCCCGAAUCCAUGAGCCGACAGUACAGCCGCGAGGACAAGGAGGGCUCCCUGGCCAGAGGAGGAGGAGGAGGAGGAGGAGGAGGAGGAGGAGGGGGGAGCCACCAGGGAUCCUGCAAGAAGAAGCCCUUCGAGUCCACCAGUUCCAGCAUGAAGAUGAAGGAGGACUCCUUCAAGCACCGCGUCUUCUCCUUACGCAAGUCUCACAGCACGUACGACCACGUCCGCGAUCACAAGGACCAGCACAACCCCCACCAUCCCCACCCCCACCGGGCCGGGGAGGGCAAGGACCCCUCCCUGCUGGACUCCCUCAUGCGCAAGAAGCUGGCCAAGAAGGCGUCCGAGAGGUCGGACUCCGAUUCGGUGGACGGCGCCCCUUUGGUGUGCAAAUCGGCCAGCGCCCACAACCUCGCUGCCGACAAGAAGCCGCUGCACCCCAACAAGCCCAGCAAGCUGCAGAAGUCUCUGAGCGUCAUGGCGGGCGCCAAGGACAAAGCUCCGCUCCUGACGGGCAAGGCCCACAGCUUGGAGGACAACUCCAAAGUGCGUGGUAAAGGAGAGGAGGAGGAGGAGAGAGGGAGGAGGCCUGCAGAUCAAGGUGGCCCCAAAGGUCAUCUACAGGAGCUGGAGAGCAGAGCUCGGGAUACAGCCCAGUGGAUCGUGUCCGGAGACGCCACACAGAGGUCGGUGAACACCCUGCUCAUGGAGGACUUUGACAAAGAGGAGGUCUGUCCUUGGGAGCUGGAAGACCUGACCCUGGAGAGCAAGCCCCAGAAGCAUGUCUCCUACGCCCCCUUGAAGAGAGACGCCACCAACGGGGAUCAUGACAAAGAGCAACCACCAGAGGCAGGGACGAGACAGCAGGCCCACAAGAGUGAGAUCUGCCCAUGGGAUGACCCACUGCCUGGGACCGGCAAAGGGGACUCAUAUCCUCUGGAGGGAGAGGAGCUUCCAAGCAAGACCCAGGGAAAUGGGGGACUGGAAGACGGGAGAGAGAGUAGUCCGUCUGUGGACGUUUUUCCCUGGGAUCCCGAUCUGCCCCAGGAAACGGAAACGGAUAAAGCCAGGGCUCUGGUGUCCUUUAGUGCCCCGGGAUCUCCCACUGUAGGGUUCGGAAAAAUUAAGGAUUCCAGAGGGUUCUCCCACAGGGGCCCGGCGAAGGGGUUUGGACUGUCCAUGAAAGGGCUGGGAGGGAGAGGGAGCGGGAAGGAAAGGGGGAAGAAAGGCACGGAGAAACAAAGAGAGAAAAAAGACGACACGAAAAAGAGCAAAGAGAAAGCGGCUGCCAAAUCCAGGCAGGAAGAGGUCUGCCGCGGGAAGUCUGAGGAGUCUGAAGGCAAUGGCUGUAAAGGAGCCGAUCUGAGUCCCUGGGACCUGGAGGGAAGACUGUGGGAUGUUAAACAGGACGAGGAAGGAGUAACGCCAAGCAAGGACAAGAAGAAAGACAAGCUUGCUGCAGUGUGCCCGUGGGAGGCAGAGGAACCCAAAUCGAACACAGCGGGCAAGACUUCAGAGGGGUGCCCUUGGGAUACUGGCGAAGCACCUUCUGUAAAAAACGAGCGAAAAAGUGUCAGCGAGUCAGCGAGCAGGACGACGAUGACAGCAGACUGCCCUGGGGGCGCCGAGGAGGUGAAGCCAGGGCUGGAAGCCGAAGACAACGCAGGACCAAUGCAGAAGACUAUUAAAAGACAGGAGAGCCAAGGCAGCAGAGCCUCGCAAGCGUGUCCUUGGGAUGUCCCGGAGCCAGCAGAGAAGAUGCCCAGGAGCCAAGAGAGUGCCUUGGCAGACGAUUGUCCAUGGGAGAUCGAGGAACCGAAAGCGGGGCUUCAGAACCAAGACAGCAGAAAGGUUUCUGAAGUACAGCCUUGGGAGGCCACAGAGAUGGCAACUAAUAAUAUCAAAAAGCAAGACAGCAGAACUAAGCUGCAGGGGAGCGCCACGGGAGACAAUACCAAAGAUGUGGCAGAUCCUGAAACCAACUCUACCGGCAGGCAAGACGUGGAGGCUCCUGAAGUGGAGGAGCUCAAAGCUGGGAGCAGCAGCACUGAGAGCAGGAUCAAGUCCAGGGAGACUGACCUGGCCCAGGGCAGAAAGGACGUGCUUUGCCCCUGGGAAAUGGAAGAGGCCAAAUUGUUGUCGAGGAAGAUAGAUAACACUUCGGAAAUCCUUUCCUGGGAAUCCGAGGAGCCGGACAAAGCCGAGGACGUUGGGAAAUCUGUACCGGGAGGGGUGCACCCCAGGGAGGCGGAGAAAACGGGGGUCAAGGAGAUUGAGGGAAGGAAUGUCGACGUGUGCCCUUGGGAUUUCGAGUAAGAUACGGGCGGUGGUGAGGAAGAGUCCCACACACGGAUUCUGAAGAUGCUGCCCUGUGCAGUACGCCUCCCGAUUUCUGCCUGCUUGGUCUCCAAUACGCCUGCCCCUCUUAUGCAGGCUGGUUCACAAUUCAGCAAUUCAGCAUCAUUCUAUGGAAAUGCACCUUUUUCCAAUUCUGUUUUAUGAUCAAUGUUCUUCUUGCUAAUUUAAACCAAUGAAAAA